AUGGCGUAUGCAAAGUCGUUACUUUGCUUAUUUUACGGAGUGAUAGUGAAUAGACGAAAUUUAAAUUGUGGUGGAGUACAUAACGUGAACAUGGCUACGUGGAGACUACUUCUUGUAUGUGCAGUGCUGGUGCAUGUCGAGUGUAAACAAAUACACUACAAACGUGAAACAAAAGCUCACCUUUGCGAUUCAGUUUACAAUAAUACGAAUAAAAUACAAUGUUAUUGCAUACGAGACUCUCGUGAGGAGAACUUAGUACGAAGCGCUGAUUGCUAUCCCACUGUCAAUGGUAUAACAGCAGAUGAUCCUAAUUGGAAUAUUUUCAACGAAUUGGAAAACGUACAUAAACUGACAUUCACAAACACGCGAGGGAUCGUUUUAAAAUACAUACCGACGCAAGCUUUAAAAUUAACCAAAUCCGUUCUAAAGCUCGAAAUCAAAUACGCCAGCAUUGAUAGUAUCGAAUCGUAUAGUUUUGCGAAUUUGUCAUUUGUCGAAGAAAUAACAGUGCGGGAUAAUCAAAUUAAUAUUUUGAGAAGUAACGCCUUUGCACACCAUCGAGAUUUGGUAACUAUCGGUCUGGAUACAAAUAAUAUUGUGGAAAUAAACAGAAACGUAUUCGUAGACCUACCAGCAUUAGAAAAGCUCUAUUUAACUAGCAAUAAAAUAACUACAAUACACGAUAAGGCGUUCAUGCAUUUGUCUAACUUAAGAGAACUAGAAAUCGAUAGAAAUAAUUUGUUUAGUCUGAACAGUGAAACCUUUUCGGGGCUCAAAAAGUUAGAAAAGCUAGAUCUUAGUAGCAACAGCUUAGAAGUGAUUGGGGACAAUACAUUUUUGCCAUUAAAAAACCUUCAGUCAUUGAGUUUGGACGGAAAUAAAAUACAAAUGCUUGACGAAAAAGCUUUCCAUGGUCUUGUAAGUCUACAGUCCCUAUCGCUCGCCCAUAAUUCUUUAAAAGAAAUUAAAAAUCUAAAGAUGUUUAUCGGGUUGAAGUCGUUAAAAGUCAUAAGUUUGAAAGGAAAUCAACUGCGAAGCCUUGAACCUGAAGUAAUGGCCCCUAUUCUUGAGAACCUUUUUGACAAUAUUAGCAGUUUGGAUGUAGAAGACAACACUUUUCCUUGCGACUGCCGACUGGACUGGUUCUUAUCACUAAUGAAUAACACACGAAGUUCUCACUUAAAGCUGGCAAUUGAGAACCUAAAAUGUAUGCCAAGUCAAGAGAUCAGAGAGAAAUGGGCCAUGACUGUUGAGGCUGAGAAAAAUUCGCAAGAAGCUGACGAAAACGGUCAAGCAAACGAUUACGAAUACUAUGACGAUACGCAACUUAACGGCAAAUUGUUUUACAUCGAUAUGCGUUUCCUGCUUAACUGUUUGAAGAACUAUGAUAGCCUUCUUAAGCCUGACCUGACGUCAACAACGAAUAUGUCCAAAAAAGAAGUAACAACUACGACAAUUACAACUCCUUCUUCUACAACGCAUUUACCAAUUAAGGACUUGACUACCCUUAAAGAUCCACUUCUAUCAGAAAGACCAGCUAAGCCUAUAAAUAUAAGAAGUGAUAAUAAGAAGCCAAGUGUUUAUACGACCAGCCGUUUAUCAACUGUGUCAGCCAAGCCGAUGGCUAAUGAAUAUUACGAUGAUCACAUGGCAGCUGAUGAAGGGAAACCAGACAGGAUUAAAGCACACAGGAGUAUUCAAGAUAAUACUGAACAGAAGGGACCCUUCAACUUUGCUUAUAGAACGUCGGGCUGUGUUUUAUUAGUUGCUAUAGUGUUUAGUGUUACCUGUUUACUAUACUGA